UUAAAUAUUGUAAUUUUAUCUUCUUAUUUUCUGGAAUGCUUCCAAGGGGAGCUUAUGCCCAGAAUCGACACCUCGUCCGAAGACCAAUAGCCAAUAAAGAGAUAGGAAGAGAGCGGCGGAGAUAGCGGCGGAGAGAUGGGACGGGCCUUCGUUUAUGUAAUUCUUGGUGGAGGUGUUGCAGCUGGAUAUGUAGCCCUUGAAUUCACGAAGAGAGGAGUCUCUCAUGGCGAACUCUGCAUAAUUUCUGAGGAAUCAGUUGCACCUUAUGAGAGACCUGCUUUAAGUAAAGGGUAUUUACUUCCAGAAGCUCCAGCACGCCUUCCAGCAUUCCACACAUGCGUUGGUGCUAAUGAGGAACGGUUGACUCCAAAGUGGUACAAAGAACAUGGAAUUGAGUUAGUUCUUGGGACCCGAGUAAUAUCUGCUGAUGUUAGGCGCAGGACCCUGUUAACAGCAGCCGGAGAGACUAUUAGUUACAAGAUUCUUAUCAUUGCAACAGGUGCUCGGGCUUUGAAGCUAGAAGAAUUUGGAGUGAGUGGUUCAGAUGCAAAAAAUGUAUGUUAUCUACGAGACCUAAAUGAUGCAAACAGGCUUGUUGAUGCAAUACAUUCUUGUCCUGGGGGUAAUGCCGUUGUAAUUGGUGGUGGCUACAUAGGAAUGGAGUGUGCUGCAUCUUUGGUGAUCAACAAAAUUAAUGUAACAAUGGUUUUCCCUGAAGCACAGUGCAUGCCUCGUCUAUUUACCCCCAAGAUCGCAAGUUUUUACGAAGAUUAUUACAAGUCUAAAGGAGUGGAGUUUGUCAAAGGAACUGUCUUGUCAUCAUUUGAUAUGGACUCUGAUGGAAAGGUUGUUGCUGUCACCCUGAGAGACGGAAAACAGCUACCCGUAGACAUGGUGGUUGUUGGAAUAGGAAUCCGCCCAAACACAAGCCUCUUUGAAGGCCAACUGACCUUGGAAAAGGGUGGAAUCAAGGUAAAUGGAAAGAUGCAGUCGAGUAACAGCUCGGUCUAUGCGGUUGGAGAUGUAGCAGCAUUUCCAGUCAAGCUAUUUGGCGAAACUCGGAGACUGGAGCAUGUUGACUCUGCCAGAAAAUCUGCUAGACAUGCUGUUGCUGCCAUUAUGGAACCAGAGAAAACUGGAGACUUUGACUACUUGCCAUUUUUCUACUCCAGAGUGUUCGCACUGUCAUGGCAAUUCUACGGGGACAAUAUCGGGGACGUCAUACAUUUCGGGGAUUUCUCAGGGAACACAUUUGGGGCUUACUGGGUAAACAAAGGUCACCUAGUUGGAUCUUUUCUUGAAGGUGGAACAAAAGAAGAGUAUGCGGCAAUUGCGAUGGUGACCAGUUUGAAACCUGCAAUUGAGGAUUUGGGUGAAUUGGAAAGGCAGGGGCUGAGCUAUGCUUUGGCAGUGAGUCGUGAGCCGCCAACAUCACCACCAGCCACUGAUGUUGCUGCCUCUAUUUCUUCCCUUGUUUUAGAAAGACCUGUGUAUCGAUGGCACGCAACUGCUGGGGUCAUCCUCGCCGGGACGAUUGCUGCAUUUGCCUUUUGGUAUGGGAGGAGACGUCGACGAUGGUGAGACUCGUUUAUCGGAAUCGACAAACGUUAAAGUUUUGUUGAUGUAUAGGGUCGACCGUAGGCAAAAGUUUAUAUUUCACUUUUUAAUUUUUUGAACAACAUUUAUAUUUACUUUAAUUUUAAGCAUCUCGCCUUUUAUCAUGCAUAGGAUCCGAUCAGCUGAGCAAUUUUGGCCRCUAUAUAGAAUAGAAUAGAUUAAUA